AUGCAUCUUCAUUUCGAGCGGAAUAUUAACGCGAAAUGCGACUGUACUAUACUGUCGCUGUCAUGGAUGGGAAAGGUGCCCGACGAGCUGCCCGAGGAGGAAGGUUGGAAAUUGAACCGCAACAACUAUUAUCAAGAGGGUUGGUUGGCUACGGGCAACGUUCGUGGAGUGGUCGGAGUAACUUUUACGUCAUCACACGCGCGACGUCCGCACGAGUUGCCUCAACGCACUAACUAUAACCUACGCGGGCACAGAUCUGACGUAAUACUCGUAAAAUGGAACGAGCCUUAUCAGAAGCUGGCAUCAUGCGACAGUUCGGGGGUGAUCUUCGUGUGGAUCAAGUACGAGGGUCGCUGGAGCAUCGAGCUCAUCAACGACAGAAGCACGCCCGUCACACACUUCUCUUGGUCACACGAUGGACGAAUGGCGCUUAUAUGUUACCAGGACGGCUUCGUGCUUGUGGGUUCUGUGGCUGGCCAGCGGUAUUGGUCCGCAAUGCUGACGCUAGAUGCCCGAAUAACUUGCGGCUGUUGGACUCCAGAUGACAGUCAAGUAUACCUCGGCACUGCAUCCGCGCAGCUCGUCGUUAUGGACGUGCAUGGUGCUAUGGUUUCACAGGUCCAGCUUGUCGCUGAGGGAGGUAUAACAGCGAUGGCGUGGUCUUGCGAGAAGUUCAAAAUGGAAGAAGGUGAAGAAGGGAAUGAGACCACCAACGGUCAUGUUCUCGCUGUGGCACUGGGUAACGGGGAAAUAGUGUUUUUGCAUGGACACGAUGAUGUGAGCCCUGUACGCGUGUGCACUGGCCUGAGAGGAAACACGCUGGCUAUGGAGUGGGCGAAUUCCCGCGAACUGUUAGCUGUCGCGGGGACGUUAACCGCAGAGAACAACGAGUCGGACGACACCCCUCCAUUCAAAAAUUUUGUUAAAUUCUACUCGGACAACGGAGCACUUAUUUACACCGUCCCCAUCCCCUACUCGCAGGCGCGCGUGACAGCUCUGACGUGGGGUCACGCGGCCCGGCGCUUGUUCGUGGGGGUCGGCGGAGCGGUGUGCACGGCACGUGUCUGGCGGGUGGUGGCGCCCCUACAACUGCUGGCGCGGGUACGCGCCGCGCAGGCCCUGCGGGAGCCGCGCCUCGCAGUCAAGCUGCCUCUGCCACCUCGGCUACAACCCGCGCUUGCUAGCCUCUUCGCGCACACUAUUCGGUGUAACGUCCCUGAAACGAACGAACUUCGACGCUUUGUUUCUCGACCGCCCACCGCUGGAGGUCGCCUUCAUUGCACCAUGUUGAGGCACGAUGACGAGGAAGCAGGCGCCUACACCUUGUAUCUGGAACACCUCGGCGGUCUGGUGCCGCUUCUUAAAGGCCGGCGGACCAGCAAGAUACGCCCAGAGUUCGUUAUUUUUGAUCCCCAGGCUGAAGGAUCUCCGAGGCUACAAAGGCGCAGACGAGCUCGUGAAAGACGUAAGGCUAGAAAAUCCGGUGAAAAAGAUGACACUCCUGAUGAACUAGCAUAUAUCGAUUCUUUACCUGAGGAUGUUCGCUUAGUAGAAGUUACGUCCAAUAUUUGGGGCACAAAGUUCAAAAUGCACGGGCUAGCUAAAAACGUUCCUGCUAAUUUGGGUCAAGUUACAUAUAAGACUUCCUUGCUGCACUUGCAGCCUAGACAAAUGACUCUAAUGAUAACUGAGCUAAGAGACGAUUACCCAGUUGGGCCUGAUCCUAAUUUUAAUCCUAAUAUAUUUUCUGAGGAUGAAGAGGAAGUAUUUCAGUCAAACGAUUCAAAUUCAUCAUCACACACAAAUAAUAAUAUCCGAAGAAAAUUAACAAUUAACGAUAGAAUCAAUAAUACAAAUAAUUUAAUAACGCAAAACGAAGCAUACACUGGCAAUAACAAUAACAUCAAUUCGUCUAUAGCAAGAACUGAAUCCUAUGAUGAGUUUCCGUAUAUUGAUACGAAUGAUGUGAACAACGUAUCUGAGAGUGUUUACUCUACCCCAGUCCGGCACACGACUCAAGCUGCUGAGAGAAGGGUAAAUAACACAGCCAGUGUAGCAAAUCGUCAUGCUAUUUCUCCUUUACGUUGCGAAAGUUCUGUUCCUACUUUGCAGUCACCUAAAAAUGCAGUGGCACCAACAGAUAUAAUUUUUGAAAGACCCUCACCACAAUCCGUCACUUGUGGAGGUCGUGGCGAUUUUUGCGGUGGUCGAACAGACUAUAGUGUUCGUGGCGAUAACGUGUCUUUAAAAGCAAACAUUUCGAAUAUCGAACAACAGACGUUCAACUUGAAUCUUAGCAUAGAGCCAAGUAGGCAGGUUACUAUUAAAAAGUGCGACAACCAUGUUUCCGACAAUUGUCUAUCGAAGUUGCGGAAAAAUAUCUGUAGUAGGGGUGAAUCCGCAUCCUAUGAAGUUAAUACUCGUAUAUUAAAAUCUUUAUGUAAUAAAAAUUUCGAACACGAGGUUCAUCCAGAUGCUAUGACUAGACGCUCAGAAAAUUUAAAGAAUCUACAAAAAAGUGAAGAUUUAAAAUUCAUUGAUGAGGAAACUCCCAUCGAAAAUACAAUAAAAAAUUUAGCCGAAAGACCAAGAGAAAUGAGGGUUCAGAGAACAACCACAGUAGUACCUAUCAGUCCUGUAUGCGCAAGUGUGCCCGUGUACGAUACAAUGACGCGAAGUUGUAGUGUAGGUUACUUAGAUAUGGUCGAUCCUCAAGUCCUACGUGCGCAUAGCUUGACCACACUUCGUGGCGAGCAACCACGACGACUUGUGCUAGUGAAUAACAAACGCCAUAGAAAAGCGAAGCGACAUUUCAGAGCGAAUGACAUCAAGCAAUUAGAAACCAAGACGCCCAGUUUGAAAAAGUGCGGAAAAUCGAGAAGCCUAGAUUCUGGUGAACUCUCAAUAACGGUCGAAAAAUGCAAGCGACACUUGCGGUCUGAUUCGAACCAGAAAAGCGAUGCAUUGUCAGUGAAUUCCAGCAGUCGGUGUAACAGUACAGCAGAGGAUAACAGUGGGACCAGUACAGAGGAAGGUGGAAGGAUAGGAUGUAGCUCUCGCCGGGAUUAUCCGGUGUGCACGAACUGUCGGUUGGUAUCGCCGUACGACCGACGGGCCGUGGAGGCCGCGUCGUACGUGUGCGUGGCCUGCAGCGCCGCGCCGCCCGCCGCGCUCUCGCCUGCCCCCGCGCCACCCCCACCGCCGCCCCCGCCGCUCAACACCGACAGCGACUCCGACUACAGCAAGUAUUAUAGUUCGCUGGAGCAGUUGGCGCUGCGGUUGCUGGCGGCGCGCGGUGCGCGGGGUGCUGGGGGCGCGCGGGGGACACGGGGCGUGCGGGAGGCGCGGGAUGCGCGCGAGGUGAGCUCAGCGCCGGCGUCUCCGCGGCCGGCGCGCGCGCCCCGCUCGCAGCCUGCCUCCCCCGGGCCCGCCUCGCCCGCGCACCCCCGCCGACACCGCUACUCCUCCGCUUCGCCCAUUCGACAACUAUUAAACUCACCCCUGCUAAAUAGAAGACGGAACAAGAAACCUUCGGAAAGCUCGGACGAUGAGUACUCUAAUGGCGGCUACAGCGAGGUCAAUAGCAAGAACUACAGAGACUUGGAGAGUUUCCAAAAGGCUCAACUCAGAAAUAAGCUGAAGCGCGCGGGUGGUCUGGGUGGUGCGGCAGGUGCGGGGGGCGCGGGAGGCGAGGCGCGUGUCAGCCCGCACGCGCGCCGCCAGCUGCUCAUGCACAACAAGGCGCCCAUGUGGAACGAGAACAGCCAGGUCUACCAGCUCGACUUCGGCGGCCGCGUCACGCAGGAGUCCGCUAAGAACUUCCAGAUCGAGUACCACGGGAAACAGGUAAUGCAGUUUGGACGCAUCGAUGGAAACGCGUACACUUUGGACUUCCAGUACCCAUUCUCAGCCCUUCAAGCGUUCGCGGUAGCACUGGCAAACGUUACGCAGCGAUUAAAAUAA